AUGAAUUUUAGUCAAAUUGAACAACAUUAUAAUGAAUUUACAAAUAUUAGCCUUAUAUUUUCUAGUCAAAAACAUCAUCGUUUUAUAAUUGUAUUUAUUAUUAUCAUUGGUAUUCAUGUUAUGAUUGUAUGUCUUCUUGCUUUAUACAUAUUAUGUAAAAGUCCAGUACCAUAUCGUCAUAGAAUUCAAUUAGAUUAUAUUAUUGAUCCACAAUUAGCUAAACAAGCAGCACUAAAACUUGCACCAGAACCAGUAUAA